UUAUAGGAUUUAUAAGCAGGAACAUAUUUUUUAUCUUUGAGUUUCCGGGAAACCGGCUCCGCGACCAUGGAAUGCUAAAUAACCGCGGAGAGCAGCUUCCCACGCGCUACGUUCCCACCAUGGAGUUUGAGGUUGACAAACGAGACUAUAGCGUUGCAGAGUUUCAUGAGACAUUCCAGGACAACCUGCCACGCAUCGUGAUGGUCUCCCAGGGUUUCUAUGGCGAGAUCACGGAGGACACGUUUGACAGGGAAAUGAUAAUCCGUAUCCAGACCGUGUCCAAGCAACAGCGCGUGAUAGCGCGGUCGGAGUACCUGAACUAUACCAAGCUCAUAUCCAUACCCACUGUAUACCAGGAGAAGAUGUGCGUCGUCAACAAACACAACAAACUGCGCAAAGAGAAGACGAUGUCGGCCAUCUUGAGCGAGUACCCACUUCCGGUGUGUGUGGAGUUUCCACGCGAUCGCACGAUUCACGUGGACGGUCAACAGAUAAGCACCAACCACCUUCCCAGACUCGACCUCCUCCAGAAGUUUGACGAGAUGUUUCUGUUAGGAAACUUUAUAACAGACGGCGUGAUGGACCCGGAUGUGAUCCACGUGCCUCUGUAUUUGUCCCAGCUCCGCCUGGCGCUGAUUACCGGCAUAAAGGGGGUCGCGAAGCAGAAGUGGGCUAGCUACCAGGAGGAACUGGACAACGCCAGCUCGUACAUCGAGUAUGACCUCUCCUUUGGGAACCAAGGUAUCGGCCAGUACGAUCCAUCCGCAGUUCACUCGGGGUCCUUGUACUCGUAUGUGGAGCCGCGGGUCUACUCGAACCUCGCCAAGGUGUUCCAGACGCCGCACGUACGUCCAAACGAGACCAUCAGCGCCAUGGAUGACCCCGCCUACACCGUUGAAAACACUAACGGCGACACGUGCAAACUUUUGGAGUCGGAGGGGACAGUCUAUGACGAAAUCGGUAAACAACGCUCUAAUGCACCUCCUUUGUCCAUCUUAAAAAGCAAACCACCGCCACCGUCUGCACCUAUCGCUAAGGAUUCAAUGCAGACCGUGAACAAAGAGAAAGAAUCACCGAAAGUAACAAGAGGUAUUGCUGCCGAGUUUAAAAAAGCUUUAAAGGCUAGGCAACACCCACCGGCGGAACCUUACCAAUCACCGGAAGAUUCGUCUGCUUCUGGUAAGGGGCCGCCUCCGGUCACGCUCAAACCCAUGCGGCCACCGCCGGCCAUACCGGAAGUGAAUGCUAACGAAACAUGGAAAUUACCAAAACAGAUACAAUCGCGGUCGGUAACAGAGACACCGCCUACUCGACCUUACACUGUGUCCAAAGAGUUUGCCUUGUAUUCCAACGACGUCCCUCGAACAAGCAUAGCACCAAUGCAAACACAUGUUGAAAAGAAACAGACUAUGCCUGCAAAAACCCACCAUAAAACUGAAAACAUUAAACCAGUCCGGCCACACAGAGUAACUUCCAGUUUAAAAAGUACUCAACAAGACGACAGUCUACCAGAGGUAAAUUCUGCAGACGAUGUUAAAAAGUUGAAAAUAAGUGAAGUAUGCGCGUAUCUAAAAGUGUUACGACUGGAAAACUAUGCGGAUGUGUUCCAAAAUAAUUUAAUCGACGGGAUGACGUUAAGUACCCUGAGUAGCGAAGAUAUCCAGCAGGAGUUCCAGAUGAAACCCCUAGAGGCUAUGAGAUUAACAAACUUCGCACAUGAGGUCACGUGCCGAAAUGAACAUGAACCCGAUAUCCAUUUAAACAUUGUAAAUUGA